AUGCACGAGCCUACCCAGGAAAAGGAGGAAAUGGAGCACCUCCAGGCGUACAACAGGAAACUGCUGGCCAACAUUUUACCAGCGCAUGUAGCAGACUAUUUUAUGUCUGGGGAAAAAGGAGACGUAAGUAUUCAUUCGGCAUCAAUCUGUAAACAGUCAUCCUGCUGCAUCAUGUUUGCGUCCAUUCCGAACUUCUCGGACUUCUACGUGGAGCUGGAGGGCAACAACGAGGGUGUCGAAUGCCUCCGCCUGCUGAAUGAGAUCAUCGCCGACUUUGACGAGCUGCUCAGCGAAGAGCGCUUCAAGUACGUGGAGAAGAUCAAGUCCACCGGCUCCACCUACAUGGCCGCUUCCGGUCUGACGGAGGCGACCUGUGACCUGAAGACCUUCCGGCACGUGACGGCCAUGGCUGACUACGCGCUGCGAUUAAAGGAGCAGCUAGCCUACGUCAACGAACAUUCCUUCAACAAUUUCAAAAUACGCGUCGGUCUCAACAUCGGUCCGGUGGUGGCCGGUGUGAUAGGCAGUCGGAAGCCGCAGUACGACAUCUGGGGCAACGCUGUCAACGUGGCCAGCCGGAUGGACUCCACAGGCGUGCUCGACAAAAUACAGGUGACGGAAGAGGUUUACCGCAUCCUGCACGCGCGGGGAUACCCGCUGACGUGUCGCGGCAAGAUCGAAGUCAAGGGCAAGGGCGAGAUGGUAACCUACUUCCUGAACGACAGAUCGACGGAGCUGCUGGAAGUAGUGGCCGAGAACGUGUCCGAGGACGCGUCGUGAUCGGGUCCGGUGGCUGGCGGGCGGUGGCCGGUCGUGCGGCGCCGUCCGUCGGGUGGGCGCCGAUCGAUGAGGCGCGGAAGCGAUGUCGUCAGCAGCGCCACCCCCAGCCGGCUUCAGUGGCCGGCGCUGCCGGGGGCGGUGGCUGACCGGAGCGUCCGCGUGGUCGGCUGAAGGCGCCGCCGGCGCCGGCGCCGGCGCCCUGGGACGCCUGAGCCGAGGGCUGCCAGUGUGUCGUGACCAUGACUGCCCGCUUGACGCACAGCGCGAAGUCAGAACUGGGUGCUGUUGUUCCCCUCCGCCGCGCCCCGCUUGGUGCAAUGGUGUUAUCUAAACAAACGCUGUCACUCUUGCACACGAGUGUAUUUCCAAAGAUCGAGACUGUUUCCCGAGACCUGGGAAGGACCAGGUUUGGUGCGUCAUGCCAAGAGACCAGGGGUUUUGGUACAGCGUCGUGUUCCGAUUGUUACCCGUGUUACGCCAGCCGUCCCAGACCGGUCUUGCGCGUCAUCAAAGUGCACGUCGCAGCCGCCUGUGCGCCCUUGUGGGAAGUGAUUACUAAACUCGCACCAAUUUGCACUCGGCACUGACGAGCCAAAUGUUCACGAGACAUCCCAACCGCGCGGGAGGGGCAACAGAGGCUGUUUUGCCAGGGCGUCUCUACAUUUCACUGCUGCAGGUCAGUGCCUGUCGCUCCCUUGCUGCAGAAUACCUCCCCGGGUCAGGCAAGGAGAGAUGUAUGUACCAUGACCCUGCCAAUAAAGCCCUGAAUGUUACG